AUGCGCAGCACAGCAGAAAAACUAGACGAGGUGGCGGACGUUCCAGGUGGGAUCAAUGUUAAGUAUAUUCUUCGUGGCGCGAAGACUCUGAGGCUGAUCGUCAACUUGGCCCCUAAUGGAAACAACCACAGGGUGGCGAGAGUCAGCGGCGCACACAUUGGGGAUCUUCCAGUGACGUUAGAGCUUAAAGUCAUCCACUUUUCGGGGAUGGCGGAUGCGAAGUUUCUGGAACUGGCAAGGGCACUAAAGGAAUUGACAGAUGCGGGCCCGAACACCAAGUGGGUUGUGGAUGGAAAGUUACUAAUCUUGGUGAUUGACUUGUCUGAGGGGCCAAAAAUGAGCCGCGAGCAUGCGCCGGGACAGAAAUUUGAAUUUGCCUCUAUUAAGGCGAAUUCGCAGCUGGGCCCAUCAGAUUUUCGUGUGCAAAUGAAAUUACACUCCGUCGGGGGUGAGCCGUGGCCGUUGCUCCUGUCGCCACGAGGUCUGGCCAGUGUGGCGGAUGACGCCUCCUCCGCCAGCAUUGUUGCGAGAAGGUUGGAAUAUAGUCCAUCUGUUUCAGUGCCACGAUUGGUGGAUUCACAUGAAAUGCACACUGGCAUGGUGGAGCUUGAUGAAUGCAUCACGUUGGAUUUCUUGAAUUUGCCUCUCUUGAGGCUGCGGCUCAAUGUGGACGGCAAGGAUGGGCAGGUAGUGGGCUUCACUGGAGACAUCCUCUCAGGAAUCGGUAUUAGUUUGAAGGUGCAGAUCUAUAGGGAGACAGACUCGCCAGUACUUUCGCGUCGCGCAGGGAAAAGGGAGAACAUAAACGCCUACAAGGAGGAAACCUCCACAGGAAAGAAUCUUCUAGUGGUGGAGUUUGACUCUUCCAAAGGGAAUCUUGACCCAGAUGGAAAGCCUAGGCGCAAUAUUAGUAACGCCACUCACCUCGUCGUCAAUAAGCGGUAUGUUGUGGAUUUCACAGCCACUGCCCCCACUGAAAUACUGCCAACCUUCCCAGAGGUGUAUCAAAGUGUCCUCAAUUAUCUUAGCUUGACAAAAAAUCCUUUGCUUACCUUGAGCAUGCCUGCAGUGCGCGAGGCGGUUGGAAGUGAUUUUCCAAGAUGUAACAUGUCAAGAGCAUUGAAGAAUCUUGUGUGGGAGGCCGUGCGCUGGUACGUUCUUCAGGAGUAUAUACACCAAGAACGUCUCGAAAAUGAGAUUUUCCCAGUGACUAUAGGCGUAGUGUAG